ACCACCGCUGGAUUGGCCCCGAUGUGCUUCGGGUGUUGCCGUGCGGGGGCCUCGGGCGGUUUGACUGGGUAUUCACGGAGGCUGCUUAGGGCCGUUGCGCAGCGUAGGGCGGCGACGGGGAUAGGCGGCUGCGCGGCUUUGGCGCACAGCACACACAGAGCGCAGCGGCGGCGGCGGCAGCAGGAGCCCGGCACGGAGCGGCGGCGGCAGCAGCAGCAGCGGGGACAAAGGGACUGAUCGGCGAGGCCGCGGGGGCUCCCGGCAGGAGGCAGUAGCUGCCGGCGCCGGAAGCGGCGCGGGGGGGAGCGGCAGGAGGGUCCGGCGGGUCCCAUGUGCCCUGGGCGCCCAGGGGAGCAGCCGCCGCCGCCAGGGCUCUGAAGCCGGCUAAGGAGGAGCCGGGGCCGGGAGCCGCCACCAUGGCCUGUGCCGCCGCCUCCGCCCGCCGCCCGCAUUGCAGCCGCUUCAGCGUUAGCCGCCGCCCGCUGCCCCUGCGGGCGCUAUGAGGAGCCGCGCCGGAGCCGUCGCCUCAUCCCCGCACUGAGAAGCCGGAGCGAGCGAGGACGCCCGACCGCUUCACUCCCCACUCCGCCCGCUGAGGAUCCCACCGCCCGCGCCGGAUCCUCUUCCGAUCUCGCGAAGCAACGAGCAGACCCGGAGAUCCUUGCGCCGGAGAAAAUAGUCCCCAUCGCUGCUGCCUCCCUAAGAGGAGAGGGGGGGGAGAAGGAGAAAACCCGGCGAGGAAAGAAGAGGAGCUCGGCUGUAGCUUGCGCCCCAUGUGACUGGCUCUCAGGGUGGGGGCAGCAAGGCCUAACAACCCCCACUGUUUCCCAGGCCGCAGCAGGAGCAGCAUCGGGGGGGGCUCGUGUGCUGGGUGGAGGCAGCUGUUGGACCCAGUGGUGCUGCUGGGAAGGAUGUUUUUAUAAACGAGGAGUGAAGAAGCCCUGAGAAGAGAGAUCCAGAGGGGGAGAGGGUUUCCCCUGGGGGGGAGGGGGCUGGAAUUUAAUGUUGCAUUUUGUAUCCCUCUCCACCUGAGAGAGAGGCACGCACACCAACCACCAGGAAGAGAAGAAGGCGAAAGGAAGAAAGGAGGAGAGGUGAUCAGAGGGAGAGAGAGAGAGACCAUGUCAGGGCGGCCCAGAACCACCUCCUUUGCAGAGAGCUGCAAACCAGUGCAGCAGCCUUCAGCAUUUGGCAGCAUGAAAGUUAGCAGAGAUAAAGAUGGCAGCAAAGUGACUACGGUGGUGGCAACUCCUGGACAGGGUCCGGAUCGACCACAAGAAGUUAGCUAUACAGACACCAAAGUGAUUGGAAACGGAUCUUUUGGUGUUGUGUAUCAAGCCAAACUCUGUGAUUCAGGAGAGCUUGUGGCCAUUAAGAAAGUUCUUCAGGACAAAAGAUUUAAGAACCGAGAGCUCCAGAUCAUGAGAAAGUUGGAUCACUGUAACAUUGUCCGAUUGCGAUACUUCUUCUACUCUAGCGGAGAGAAGAAAGACGAGGUGUACCUCAACUUGGUGCUGGACUACGUUCCUGAAACAGUAUACAGAGUUGCCAGACAUUAUAGUCGGGCCAAACAGACACUCCCUAUGAUCUAUGUCAAGUUGUACAUGUAUCAGCUGUUCCGGAGUUUAGCCUAUAUCCAUUCCUUUGGAAUCUGCCAUCGGGAUAUAAAACCACAGAACCUCUUGCUGGACCCUGAUACAGCUGUCCUAAAACUCUGUGACUUUGGAAGUGCAAAGCAGCUGGUUCGUGGAGAGCCUAAUGUCUCUUACAUCUGCUCUCGGUACUACAGGGCACCAGAGUUGAUCUUUGGAGCCACCGAUUAUACCUCCAGUAUAGAUGUGUGGUCAGCAGGCUGUGUAUUGGCUGAACUGUUACUUGGACAACCAAUCUUUCCAGGCGACAGUGGUGUGGAUCAGUUGGUGGAAAUAAUCAAGGUCCUGGGAACGCCUACAAGGGAACAAAUUAGAGAAAUGAAUCCAAACUACACUGAAUUCAAAUUCCCUCAGAUUAAGGCACAUCCAUGGACUAAGGACUCGUCAGGAACAGGACAUUUCACCUCAGGAGUGCGGGUCUUCCGACCCCGCACUCCACCAGAAGCAAUCGCACUAUGUAGCCGUCUGCUGGAGUACACCCCCACUGCCCGCCUGACUCCCCUGGAAGCAUGUGCGCACUCUUUCUUCGAUGAACUACGGGACCCAAAUGUCAAACUACCCAAUGGGCGAGAGAAACCUGCACUCUUCAACUUCACCACUCAAGAACUGUCAAGUAACCCAUCUUUGGCUUCGAUCCUCAUCCCUGCUCAUGCUCGGAAUCAAGCAGCUGCUUCAACCCCUACAAAUGCUACAGCAGCCUCAGAUUCCUGUACGGGUGGGCUCAUGGUACUGAUGGGAGCUGGCUUUUCAGGAAGAUGUUAAUGCAGGAGAGCGAGGUCAGACCAAUAACGCAGCUUCAGCAUCAGCCUCCAACUCCACCUGAAGUGGUCCCACGCAAGCCAGCUGCACAGGAAAAAUCACCAGUAAUUUGAGUCUUGCUCAGCAACACUGGUCACAUUUGGAAAGAAAAUUAAAAAGAGGAAAAAAACAAAACAAAACAAAACCCUGUUCAUUUUAGUGUUCAAUUUUUUUAUUAUUAUUGUUGUUCUUAUUUAACCUUGUAAAAUAUCUAUAAAUACAAACCAGUUUCAUUGUAUUCUCACUCUGCGGGGUCUCCAGGGCAAGGGAAUAGGUGGGGGGGAGAAGGGAAAGUGGAGCAAUAGAACACAUCAAUGUCUCUUCCCUUGACAAUCUCUUCGUAUGGAAAGUUUGCUGUUGUGUACUUCAGAACCAGGACUCUUGCCUCAUGCCCCCUCCCACAACAGAAAGAAGGAAAAAAAACCUCAUUCUCUGCUGACUUUUUUUUUUUUUUUUUUAUAACCUCUUUUUUUUAUUUUCUUUUUAAGUGAAGUUUCAGACUUUGGUGUAGUGCACAGCUUGAAUUUGGUUGGGAGCUUAGCCGGGAUCAUUCAACAGAGCUAAGCGUUUCUUGUAAGUGAAUCCAUAUCUAGGCUAUCGGAAGAACUGCCUUUGGCAUGGUCGGGGAGGUGGGGAGGUGAUAGGACAAUAGGUAGCCCGGGGGUGGGGGGGGGGGCUUACUGUAUGUCUAAACUUGGAACUGCUAGUGGAAGACUUAUUUUAAAAAUUAGCGCUAGCAAUAGAGAAACCUGCAGCUUCAAUAUGGAAAAAAAGUCUAUCAAGUGGGAUAUAUAUAUUUAUAAUAUAUACACACACGCAUGUCAAACACGCCUGGUUAGCUUUAUUGAAGCAGCUUGUUUGCCUAGUCUGAGCUCCUCCACCAAGUCUUGGACUUCUUUGUUUUUAAAAGAGCCAUGUAGUGCAAGAGAAUGGCCAGUCAGCUCUAAUCUCCAGCAGAGAGAAGAUGAUGAAUGGAAUCCCACAGGAGGAGGGGGCAGGCGGAGUAUGGGGCCUUUUGGAAAGUGGCCACUGUGAAAGCAUUUUUCGGUUUUUCGCUCUGAACGGGAUGCCCUUUCCCGAGAUGCACACAGGAAAAGGACAUCAGAGUUUAUAAUGUGAACUGUAACAAUCUACUGGUUUAUUUGUAAUAUUUUUUUUACUGCAGUUUGAGCUUGCAGAUUGCCACGCUCUAUAGAUCUAAUUUUAAAUCCACAGCUAGAAUCUGUAUUUAAUUUCAUCAUUUUAACCUCCUGCUUUUUUAUCUUUAUUUAUUGAUGCAUGUGGAGUUGCCAUUAUGAUGUUUUUACAUUGGUAGAAUAAAAUACACAUCAAAGUGAUAUCAACAGUAACUUGUACCUGCUGACUUGAGGGGAAGCUGACUACAUAAGUGUGUGUAUAUAAUAUAAAUAGAUAUGUGUAUAACAUAGAUACAGUACUGCUUUUUGAGUUUUAUUUUGUCUACAGCCGUUAAAUUGUCUGAUUGAAGCAUAAGAUGAAUGUUUGUUUCCAGUCUGAGUUUAAGGAGUUUUUUUCUGUAGUGGUGAAUGGUGUAAGAAUCAAAGUCUCCAUUUCUGAAGUUAAAGCAAUAUUCUUGGAAAGAGUCAGUUGAGCAGCAGGAAGUUGCAGCUGCAAUGUAGAAAUAGACUUUUGAGACCUGGUCUGUCUUAUCCUUGAGGCUGAUGUCCAUGUGGGCCUUAUACACAUUCAGAGAAACCUUAGUCACCUUGGUGCUUAUGGGCUAUUACUUGACCUGUGGAUCUUUAAGGCACAGUAAAUUGUUUCUGACAUUUACAGACUUUUAUGUGUGGCCCAGGAGUAGCCAGCAGUAGCGGCUAAGUAAACUCAGUCACUGCAGGGUGGCAGGAGGUUUGUUUAUGAAUUCAGUACAUUUCCUGUCCCUGUGCUUCAUAUUUGCCCCUGUUUGUGGGAUUUUUUUGAAGGAAUGUUUCUUAGCAGCCAUAGAGGUCCCUCUGUCCUGUCUGAUGAACAGUGGAAGUCUGGGAGGGGAGUUGUUUGCACAGAUGAAUGUAUAUACCUGGAAGAAGAAUGGAUAAUUCACCUUAGUUAUGUCCCUCAUUAUUUAGUGAAACUGGGGGCAACAGAAAAGAUUUUUAAGCAGCUCUAGACCGAUUACAGCUGAAGAGAAGGGAAAUCACAUUUUUCAAUUGAACAAAAACACCCCCAGCUCCUGUAAUAAAUAACUGAGGCCUGAAAGGAGUGUUAAUGCAAGAAAUCAGCCAGUGAGUGCCAUGAAUGAUGGACUAGAGCCUGGAUGAUCAAAUGUCCGGAGAGAUUUUAGAAGACUUGAAAAGCAGAGGACAGUAGUAGUGACUAGAUCUGCUUUAUAGACAAGACAGCUCGAAGGCUGGGCAAAGACAUUUACUCUGUACUGGGGACAGUAAAUUACCAAGUUGAUAAAAAUCGCUGCUUGUUUCAGGUGCCGUCCUAGGUGGUUGGUUGGUUGGUUUGUUUUCAUUCAAGGUUGGUAGAGAAGGAGAGUUAAGAGCUUUUCUCUCAUUCUUUUAGUUCUACUUCAUGACGGUGCAAGUGUGUCUGUGUGUAAGCUGGUGUCACUGAUUUUCUUUUUCAAGGAUCAUGGCAGGAUCACAAACGCUUUUAUACAUGUUAGAUCCAGGCCUUUGAAUAACUUUUUUUUUUUUUUUUUUUGUAAAUAAGGGUAUGGGGGGAGCUCCUCACCAAAUUCAAGCUUGUACAUUAUUUUUUAUUGUUUUUAAAUUUUGAGUUUUAUUGUUUUGUAUGUAAAUAUGUGGACCCAGGAACUGUUAUUAAUGAGCAAAAAGUUACCAUUCAGGGCAGUGAUUCUGUUUAAUAAUCAGACAAAAUGUAGACGAGCUUUUUAAAGCCAUAUAGUUUUAACUCUGUACAGUAGGUACCGGCCUGUAUUAUUGUAACAAUAACUCUAGCGAUGUAUAGUGUAUCUAUAUAGUUUGGAGUGCCUUCGCUUCCAUGAUUUUUUUUAAUUUUAUUUCCCUUUUUUUUUUUUUGUCCUUUUUAACAGCUGUGUCCCAGACAAAAUGGCAUCUUUGCUCCCCUGCUUUCUAACCCUUUGGAGUGCUUGUAAGGUUUCAGUGAUACCAUGGUCAGUAGUGGAACGAAAGGAAAUUGUGUUUGUGACUCAUUUCAUUCGAGUCGUGGCUUUGCUCUGGAUGUUCUAAAGUUGCCCACCACAGCACCCCAAUAGCAGUGACUGGUUUCAUUUUACACUUGCCCUCUUGGUACCUAGUGGCUAGCAGCUAGAUUAGACUUUGCUCGUCUCUCCCUAUUCCGUGUGUCCAGAGGUCUUGUGGACAGCAGCUUCCAGAAGCCUUUGGUUUUUUGUCUCUCCCUUCACUGUAUUAAAGAGAGAGCAAAUUGGACUUUUACAAACAGAAAAGAUAGUUUAAAAUCCCCCUAGUGUUCUACACUGGUAGCCAGACAGCCGGCAGGACAGCUGUGGUGCUCUGGGGCCGUUCCUAUAGAACACUAUAGCAUCUUUGUAAUAUGGGAAUUUCCUGUUCCCUUUUCUGCUGUUCCCCAGCCCCUCCCCAGCAGUUUAUUUUCUUAAGACGAUAACUUUAAUAUUAGUCUCGAUUUCUUGUGCCCAGCACGAAGGCCUUGUUUUUAAAACUAGUUCACUUGUGUUUUCUACCUUGUUAGUAUUCCACAUAAGAUUGUCUUGAAUGGGAAAACACUUAACUCUUUACCAAACCAAAGGUUGCUGUUUUUUUGUUUGUUUGCUUGUUUGUUUGGGGGGUUUUUUUGGAUCCAUCUCGUGUCCAUUCCAGUGAGGCAGAGGCUGCACUUUCUUUCUGGUGACACGAAGGUCAGUGAUGUCAAUUUGUUUUUGACAGUCCACUCGGAAUUGUUACUAGCUUCUUUUUUUUUUUUUUUUUGCUUGUUUUUAAUGAAGUAUGGUCUUGAUCUGUCAUUUUGUCUACUCUGCAAUUGCAUAUGUUUCUGAGAUGGAAUUAAUUACAUUCUCUGUGUCCCCUGGUGGACGUCAAUCAAGACACUGGUAUUUUAAUUUCAAACUUAGCUACCUUUUUAAGGAAAAAAAUUAAUGAUGGUCAUUUACCUAUAAAUUUAAAAAAAAAAAAAAAAAAAAUAACUGAGAGGCUGAUCCAAGAUCCCAGUUCACUUUUCUAGUUGUUUUAAACAAGUUUUAUCUAAAUAACGGCAGAUGCCUGCAAUUCGCAACUAGAGAUCAUUUUAAAUGUUUCCAGACUUGUUAUGCUUUAAAAAAAAUUGCCAGUAACCUUUUCUCUGUUAGAAAUCUCAGCUACCGAAGGUAAAAAAAAAAAAAAAAAAAAAA